AAUGUAUACAACAUUCUUGUGACAAGUCUGCUCAAUAAUAUAUGAUUCCCUGAAGCAUCUCAUCUGCAUUUCGUUUGUUGACGAUAGUGCUGCAAAAGACUUAUCGGCUCUGAUCGGAUAUCCAUGGUCUUCGGAUGACAGAUCUACACCCCGCGAUCGCCCUCAUUUCGACAUUUCGCUCACUCAUCACCAUCACCAUCACCGAUCAACAAAGAGACAAUUGAAUAUCUCAUCCCUUCAAAAUGGCACGAACACCAGUUUCUACGAAAAAGGCCCCCGCUGUGCCGCAAAGCCUGAUGAACCAGGCCAUCAUCGCCAAUGGCUUCGUCUUCACAUCUGGUGGCGUCGCGAUGGACCCCAAGACAGGGAAGAUGAUUGAUGGUGACAUUGAGGCUCACACACGCCAAAUUAUUUCCAACCUCGGCGCCAUUCUAGACGAAGCUGGCUCGAGCCUCAAUGAUGUGAUUGAAGUCAACAUUUACUUGUCUGAUAUGAAGUACUACGCCAAGAUGAACGAAGUCUAUGCUGAGUACUGGGGUGAAAUCAAGCCUGCUAGAACAUGCGUUGCUGUCAAGAGUCUUCCGAUGAACGCCAAUAUUGAGAUCAAGUGUGUCGGAGUCAUUACCAAGCCCAAGUCGAAGCUGUAAAGGAGGUUGCCGCUGAUUCGUGGCUGGUCUUUGGCUGAAUGUAGAGGCUCACGAUGAUAUUCCAUAAUUAGUAGUUAUUAGGUCAGUCGCUAUUACAGCACUCGACUUGUAAGAUCCUCUGGCCAAUUUGUUCCAUAAUUUAUAUCCUGCCCAUUUUGCAAGCACACCGAUCAUGUGAGUAGGUGACCUCCUCGUGCCAGGCUGUUAUUCAAGUGCACAGGACACAAGAAUGAGCAUUGACUCCUCAUUAUACCGAAAGCUCAAGGCGCCGUUCGCCAUGAGGAAGAGGGCAAACUCCUCUUGGGCGCGGGUUAUGCCGCCCGCAUCU